AUGGAAAUCGAUCCGCUGCUGCAACACGCGCGAGACGGGGACCCUCAACGGCCUUUUUACACGCCGACCCGACCGAUAAUGAGCUCAGGCCCAGAAUACCCGGAGCCCCCAUCCCACGCACCCAUCAACCCCUAUCAAAGCCGGGAUACACAUGGUGAUGGACACGGGGACACACACCCGUCGUUCGGGAUGGGCCCCGACAGCAAUCAAUCCCCAGAGCCGCACGACGCACUAGGCGACACCAAACGGUCGCGGGCAUGCGAGCCAUGCCGACAGCUCAAAGUGCGCUGCGACCCAGAUCCGGCACACCCGGAAGGGUCAUGCAAGCGGUGCGCGAAAGCGCGGCGGACGUGUGUUGUGACUGCGCCGACGCGCAAGCGGCAGAAAAAGACGGACAGUCGGGUAGCAGAGUUAGAGCGAAAGAUCGAUGCUCUGACGGCGACGCUGCAGGCGUCACAUUCGCCUAGUGCGCUGUUAUCUGGUAGGGCGGGACAGCAAGCAUCGCCGCCUGGGCAGCGGGAUGAGCAGCUGGCUGGUCGGAGGUGGAUGGGUGGGGAGUCGAUGAUGGCUGGGAGCAAGCGGCAGCAUACCGGCGAAAUCAAGGAUUCGUCUGUUGGGUUGCUGGCGCCGCGAUAUUCCCGACCGGGUAGUCCGUCUGCUGAACAGAUUCCUAGCCAUUCCUCGAAGCAUUGGCGCAGACCUGUUGGUGGUGAUUCUGCGCCGCCGCCGCCGCCGAGACCCGAGGCUGGGAAUGAGUUUGCUGAUAUGAUCGACCGGGGGAUUAUUGAUUACAAGACUGCCAGCGCGGCGUUUGAGCGGUAUAUCCAUCAGAUGGCGCCAGAGCUGCCUUUUGUUGUUUUCCCGCCGGGGACUACGAUGGGCGAGGUUCGGCGCAAUAAACCUUAUUUGUUCCUUGCGAUCAUCGCCGUCGCCGUUGCCGUCUUUAAUUCCGACGCACAGCCGAUCCUCGUGAAUGAGACAUAUCGUCUGAUCGCCGAGCAUGUUAUUGUCAAAGGCCAAAAGUCGCUUGAGCUGGUUCAGACUCUAAUGGUCUGUUCUAUUUGGUAUCUGCCACCAGAUAACUUCGACGAGAUCAAGUUCUAUACUUUGACCCAUUUGGCUGCGGUCAUGGCAAUGGAACUUGGAUUGAACCGUCGCAUUUUCGAUAAUAGACGGAGCUUCAACAUGAUCCGCGAACUGAUCAUUAAAAAGCCGACGGGUCCAACAUUUGAUCCAGAUGGACCGGAGGCAAGGAGGACUUGGGUUGGCUGUUAUUACUUAUCUGUCCACAUGGCGGCGGCUUUGAGGAGAGUAAACUUGAUCACCUGGCAGCCGUACAUGGACGAAUGCCUUGAAAUUCUAGAAACCCACCCGGAUGCCCUACCCUCCGACCGGAAGUUGAAAUGGUGGGUAAAGCUGGGAUUGAUCAUGGAGGAUGCCGGACAUCACUUUUCUGAGGAGGAUCCUCUAUCCAUUACCACCUUCGCCGACAGUAAGGUGUGGUAUAAUAUAAAAGUGUUUGAGGACCGAUUGGCACAGUGGAGAAAAGACGUCCCGCGGGAUAUUUACACUGAGCCAAUGAUUCACACAGAACAUGUCUUGAAUCUCUUCGUGCAUGGAUCUGCAAUGUGUGUGGACUACAACACUGGCAACAACUCUCCAUCUCAGAAUGAGUUGCAGAACUCAUCAGCUGCGGCGGCCGUUGGUGCGUUGACCACGGCUAUCCGCUGCAUUCACGAGAGUCUGGAUAUCAUUUGCGCCAUUGAGAUUGACCGACUUAUAUCCUUGCCUACAAUGUCAUUAGGGAGGACAUCGUAUCCCGUGGUCAGUUUGAUAAAAAUAUACUCACUGUUCAUGUCACCGGAAAGUGGAAUCAGCAAGAUUCUUGACGUGCAGAGUCUCAAACUUGAUUACUAUCUGGACAAGGUCAUCGCACAUUACCGCGCCGCCGCCGCGCGUGAUGGUGGCCGUGCAGCAGCGAAAUUUGGAAACAUAAUGGUCCUGUUGCGCAAUUGGUUUAUCAAAAAGCGUGACCAGGGAGAUCAUGGCCGGGAAUUGAAGGAGGUCUUUGCGAAUGAUCAGAAACCCUCCGAUCGCCGGCAGGCACAUCGGAGCCAUGAUACCCCAACCGCGUCAUCUGCCACUCCCAGAACGCAGAUGGCACCGGGCAUGACACCCCUCCAUUUCCUCAGUGAAGUAGCGAUGGGCGACCCAGCGCACCGAGCGAACAAUCCCAACCCCCAACGCUCAAUAGCCGGACAGUCUUAUUCCUCAAACCACAGUCCAAGCUCAACAGUGAACCCAAUGACAACGCCAGGCUCAUCCAGUUUCGGGCCCGACCCACCCCAAACCAGCUGGUCAUCUGGCGCAUCAUACCCAACCACUCUUCCGACCCCAGACUCGAACCAGAUCGAGACAAGGGGUUACUACCAACCCUACUCAUCCGAAAUCACACAGAACUACCCAGAUCUACCGUCGAGUGCGCAGACUCAAGGAUACCCGGACAUGUCCACCGUGGCUGGGAUGCAGCUUGCUCCUCCGAUGGGAAUGGCACCUGAGGUAGGCAUCGACCCGAAUUUCAGUGAUCCUUGGUAUACGUUAGGGAAUAUGAUGGAUGAGGGACUGUCUACAUUCCCGCUUUCUUUUGAUCUGAAUUUCGGAUUGUUUUAG